AUGGACGGUAAUCACCUUCAUAUGAGAUGUAUGGCUCACACUCUCAAUCUUGUUGUUCAAGAUGGUUUGAAAGAAGUGGGCGAUUUUGUGAAACGUGUUAGACAAGUAGUAAGAUGCAUUAGACAAUCCCCGACAAGGUUGAAUAAGUUUAAAGAAUGUUGUGAACUUGAAAAGACAAUAUGUACGAAAUCAUUAUGCCUAGAUGUUCCAACUAUGUGGAACUCCACCUAUUUGAUGUUAAAAGUGGCACAAGAAUUCGAGGAUGCAUGUGUAAGUUAUGGUGCUCUUGAUCGUGGAUUGUUGCAUUAUCUUCUUGCUCAUGUUUGUGAAGAUGGAAAAUCUGCAGGUUCACUUUUAAGCACUAAUUGGGAAAAUAUAAGGCAUAUGGUAACAUUUCUUGAAACUUUCUACGAACUCACCUUGAAGGUCUCAGGUUCGCUUUAUGUUACAUCAAAUGUUCACUUUAUUGAAAUAUGUGAGCUUCAUUAUGUUCUGAAAGGUUUAAUAGAAAGUGAAGAUUCUGAUUUGAGUUCAAUGGCAACCAACAUGAAAAAGAAAUUUAACAAAUAUUGGGGUGAACCGGAAAAGAUGAAUAAAAUAAUUUUUAUUGCUUGUAUCUUGGAUCCGCGCUACAAGGAUGAGUAUGUUACUUAUGCACUAGUGAGCAUGUAUGGAGAAGAAAAAGGAGAAAAAAUAAUAGGUGAUGUGAAAAAGUACAUGAUUUCUUUGUUUAAUGAGUAUGCAAAACAACAUUCAAUAAAGUCUCAAAGUUCAUCAUCUUCAUCUGGUAACACAUUGGACUUACCAAGUGUAAGUAGUCAUCAAAGUCAAUCUAAAAAAUCAGUUGCAACAUUUACGCAACAAUUCAAGAAACAUAAAGCUGAGAGUGGUAGUUCGGAUGCUAAAACAGAGUUAGACAAGUAUCUUGGUGAAGCAAGUGAGAAUGGAAGUGAUGGUACUGAUAUCUUGCCUUGGUGGAAAAUGAACUCACCUAGAUUUCCUAUUCUUGCUGAAAUGGCUCGUGAUGUGUUAGCAAUUCCCGUUUCUAGUGUGGCUUCAGAGAGUGCAUUUAGUACGGGAGGGCGUAUUCUUGAUUCUUUUAGGAGUUCAUUGACUCCCAAAUUGGUGCAAGCUCUUGUGUGCUCUCAAGACGGAUUCGAGAGGACUCACGUCCGGUUGGAGUCGAGGAAGAUUUAG